CCUUCCAAUCCACUCCUUGCUGUGUCCUGGUGUCUGCUUGCCUGCCUUUUGCUUCAUACGGACACACCCACACACGAACACUCGCACACAAGAGCAAUGGCACCCACCGCCACAGCCGCCACGACGCCGGCCCUCGAUGCCGGCGCAGCCCCUGCAGUCAAGAGCAAGCCCGUCAACAGCAACACGUCGACGCUGACGUCGACGCCUCCGCUCGUGGACCUCUACUCUGGCUCGGGUCAGUCGUCUCAAAAGUCCGACGAGGAGCUUCGCAAGGACAUCAUCAAGGGCCUCCAGGGCUACAAGACGUACAUUGUCCCGGGCAGCGUCGACAACAUCGAGGACCGCCACUUUGCAUUUAGGCGCACCCUGCCCACGACGAUUCUCUACAGCGAACGCGGCCUGCUCCUCUACGACCGCCUCGUCGAAGAGCCCGAGUACUACCUCUGGAGCGCUGAAAAGAACAUUCUCGAGACGCAUUCAAAGGACAUUGCCCUCCGCAUUUUCGGCCACCAGACGGGCGCGCAGUCGCACAGCGGCAACACGGACGAUAUCGUGCACAACGACGAGCAGCAGCAGCAGAACCACGACGAAAGCAACAACAGCAGCAGCAGCAAUGGCUGGCCCCACAGCGCAGAACGCGAAAAGGAAAAGUGGGGCGAUCACAAGGUCGGCCGUCACAAUGGCGGCGUCAACAGCGAAGAGGGCAUGGAUGGUGAUCAAGGUGUGGGAUGUGCCUCACUAGUGGAGCUCGGCGCUGGGUCGCUGCGCAAGACCGUCCACCUUAUCCGCGGCCUCGAGGGCAUUCCCCCUCGGCCGGGCGCGGACAAGGACGCUCCAGCUGUGCAGUACUAUGCUUUGGACCUCGACAAGGCCGAGCUGGUACGCACGCUGGAGCAACUUCACCAACAGGAGGCCAGAAAGGCAGAUGCAAACGACUGGACCGUCCUCGACGGCAAGGUCGGCAUCAACGGCAUGUGGGCCACCUACGACCAGGGGCUCGACUUUAUCGGCAAGGGCGGCCUGGCCCAGACGAAGUCAGGAAGUGGCGGCGACGGCAAGCGCUGCCUCGUCUGGCUCGGCUCCAGCAUUGGCAACUUCAACCGGCGCGGCGCCGCAGAGUUUCUCGAGACGGCUGCCAAGUCGUCGCUCCGGCCGGGCGACACGAUGCUCAUCUCCGUCGACCGGCGCAACAAGCCCGAGGCUGUGGCCAAGGCCUACCACGAUGCAAACGGCGUCACGCGAGACUUUAUUCUCGAGGGCAUUCGCCACGCUGACCAUAUCCUGGGCGGCCAUGGCAUCCUCGACCCCGCCAAGUUUGAGUACAAGGAUCGCUACAACAACGACGAGGGCCGCCACGAGUCCUACUACCGCUCCCUGUGCGACCAGAGGCUCGAGCUGCCCGGCACAGACGAGCCCAUCGACAUUGAAGAGGGCGAGCUGAUCCACGUCGAAUCUUCGUACAAGUACAACGAGCGUGAGAUCCUCGACGUCUUUGACUACGCCGGCCUCCGCGUCGUGGAGCGCUACAGCGACGACAAGGAGCUGUACGAUGUCUGGCUCGUCGAGCGGCCCGGCUUCCACUUCAGCAGCACCAGACUCAUGACGGGCUCCCGUCAGGACAUGGGCAUGGGCCUCACGGUAGAGCAGGCGAAUGGCCAGCGCGGCAGCUGGGAGUUUGACUCGGAUGGAGGCGCAGGCAGCAACGGCAUCGAGGAACCCACCGUCCACUCGACCUGGGGCAUGCCCUCGCGCUCCGACUGGGAGCAGCUGUGGAAGGCGUGGGACACUGUCACGCUGACCAUGAUCCCGAAGAGGAUGCUCCACGAGAAGCCAAUCGAUCUCCGGCACAUUUGCCUCUUUUACAUUGGCCACAUCCCUGCCUUUUGCGACAUCAUGCUCGCCCGCAACCUCAACGAGCCCCACCUCAACGACCACUUUUCGGCCAUCUUUGAGCGCGGCAUCGACCCUCACGUGGACGACGAGACGCAGUGCAACCCACACAGCGAGGUGCCGACCAAGCCCGAGGACUGGCCCACGCUCGACGAGCUGCUCGACUACCGGGCCAAGGUCGCCAAGCGUGUCGAGGGCAUCUAUGACGACGUGGCACAGGGCAAGCGCGUCUGCGACCGCCGACUCGCCCGUCUGCUCUGGCUCACGCUCGAGCACAAGGCCCUCCACCUCGAGACGCUUCUCUACAUGCUCGUCCAGAGUCCCAAUACGCUAGCACCCGAAGGCUUCACGGCGCCCGACUGGAACACGCUCGCCCGUCAGUGGGAUGCUGCAUGGGAGAGGCAGGGAGGCCAAGCCGCUCAGGAUCACGUUCUCAACUUCAAGGCUGCCGAGAUCACGCUCGGCCACAAUGAUGACGAUGCCCAGGAUUCCAAGUUUGUCGCGUCGCGGCCUUCCAGCAACGUCAACGAGGUCAACGACCAGCUUGGCAAGCCAGAGUUUGGCUGGGACAACGAGUCACCGGCCCGCAAGGUGUGGACCGACGCCUUUAGCAUCUCGGCCCUGCCUAUUACCAAUGGACAAUAUCUCGACUAUCUUCAAAAGACGGGAUCCAAAGAGACUCCUCCCUCUUGGGUCUACGUCGCAAAUGACCCCAGGGUCAAGACGGUAUAUGGAGCCGUGUCGAUGAAGGCUGCACAGCACUGGCCAGUGCAGGCCUCGGCAGCGCAGCUGGAGGCCUUUGCCAAGUGGAAGGGAGGUCGGCUCCCGUCGCAUGCCGAGCUCCGCCGCUUCUUGGACGCGGCCAGCGGACCCAACUGCACCGAUCGGCCAGGUACCAACGUCGGCUUCCGCAAUUGGCACCCGGUCCCCCCUGCACUCUCCCGGCCCGUCUCGGGCUCUCCCGCGCACGUGCAGCAGCAUCUCCCUGGCCACAAUGGCGGCGUGUGGGAGUGGACCUCGACGCCGUUCAGCGACUACGAAGGCUUCAAGCCCUCAGCCCUGUAUCCUGGCUACAGCGCCGACUUCUUUGACGGCAAGCACAACGUCGUCCUGGGCGGCAGCUGGGCCACGACGCCCUCGAUUGCGGGCAGGCGCACUUUCGUCAAUUCGUACCAGGCCGCCUACCCUUACGUCUUUGCAGGCGCUCGUGUCGUCUUUGACCAGAACACGCAGGUCAAGCCUAGGUCCCUCUCGCCCUCGAGGUCCACAGUAACGACUCGCUCUCCUGUCCUGUCUGCUUAGUGGUUCACGGCUUUUCUACUUCGUUGGCGCUUCUCCGUCUCUGUGCUCCGAUUCUCAUCUCUCUGCUCUCGACUCUGUAUACGACUACUCUUUCUCAGCUUCACGAUAUCUUUACUGUGUCAUGCUUAUUUAUCUGUCUCUCUCUCUGAUGACAUUAAAGAAAAUCAAAUGAUGGCUUUAUCCCGCCC